AUGCCUCAUGGUCAGGUCAGCCAAGACAGAAACCUCGGGGAGGCCCAUCCUGACCAGAACAGUGCACAAGGCCUCAGUCUUGUGCAGGGUCCCAUACAUGAGGAGGAACCAGCAUCUACUGUUACCUCUGCAUCCUCUUCCUCCUCUACUUUAAUGGGGAGCACAGCAAGAGAAGAGCCCGGGCCUGUGAAACCAAGUUGUCCUCAGAAUUCUCAAGGCAUCUCCACUCCUAGCAAUGGCAUGGCUUCCAGUGAAAGCAACCAGUGCUGUGCAGGCACCAAGAUUCAAGAAGGGGAGGGUGCAAGUCUGUCCCAGGACAAGGUUGCCCCUCAGAUCAGGAUGGAUGCAUCUGAAAAUGAUAAGUUAGAUAUGAUUGUGCGAUAUCUGCUUCAGAAGUAUCAAAAUAAGGAGCAGAUCACCAUGGAAGAAGUGGUGCACAUGGUGGACCACGAUUCCCCUGGUGACUUCCCUGUGUCUUUUAGUGAAAUCUGUGAGUGCAUGCAUAUGGGCUUUGGCAUUAUUAUAAAGGAAGUGGAUUCCACUGCCCACACAUACGAGCUUGUCUCUACUUUGGGCCUCACUUUUAGUGGGAUACUGGAUGACACUGCCCAGAUUAUUCGUAAAGCUGACCUCUUGAUACUCGUCCUGAGUUUGAUCUUCCUAAAGGGCAACCGAGUUAGUGAAGAGCACCUUAAGGAAAUUCUGAGACAUAGGAAGAUAUUAGCCGAGCGAUCUCACGUUGCUGUUGAGGAUGCCUGGAAGUUCAUCAGCUACGACUUGGUUCAGGCAGAGUACCUGGUGUACCAGCAGAUUCCUAACAGUGAUCCUGCUCAGUAUGAGUUCCUGUGGGGUCCGAGGGCACUUGCUGAAACCACCAAGAUGAAAGUACUAGAGCAUGCCAUCAUGCUUGAUGAGAAAGGACCCAGGGCUUGUCCACACUGA